GCUUUCACACAGACACUAAAGUUCCGAGAUCAAUCCGGGCUGGAUACAUGGAGCUUAAAAAUGCAGACAAUAAUCUAUGGGAAUGAGGAAUGCUUUUGUAUUUCUUGAACUACUGAGUAAUUUUUUAAAAAUGUAAUUUAUUCUAACCCAUUAACAGAAAAACAAAGCAGCAUUUACAACCAAGCCUGGAACAAGUAGAUAUCAAAGAUAUGACAAUUUUCAAAGUUAUUAGUUUUUUUUGGAUGAGCCUUAACAAUGCAAUGCAAAAAUAAAUAAAUAAAACCAUUAGCAAUUUCUGGAGGGAUCCAGAAAAAGGAAGUGUGAAGAGGAAGAAGAAGGAAAUUACACAGUUGCUUAAGGUAACAGUACAACAAACUAGUUAGUUUUGCAAACUUCCACUCUUGGGGUUUCUCUACAUCCCUCUUCACAAUAUCCCACCAUCCCAAAUAACAACACUAAAUAAUAGUCCCAUCUCUCACUUCCCCAUUCUCACUCACUUCUCACUUUUCUCUGCGAGUCAGCAGAAACUGCGCCUUAAUUUCUGCUAGCGAGCACAAAUCGAUCUAUUCUGACAACUUUGCUUCUAUGUGGGGGCAGGAGUUGUGAAUUAAAAGAGCAUCAGCUGCUGUCCUGGAUUUCCCAUUGCGACGAGGUUGCAUGGUGCACACGCGGAUUUUCUUCCAAAGGCAAACAUGAAGUCCAGAUGGGUGAUUGCUGUUUUUCUCACCUUUUUAUGUCAGUCUCCAUGGAGUGUGAGCGGGAAAGGGUGUGUGUGUCAGCUAAAGAACUCAGAACGUCCUUUCCCCAUGGAGAAGUUGAAUGGCAUCCAGACUUUGGCGUCUACAUGCAACCUGAGCAUCACCCCAGCAAAGAUGUUUCAGGUGGAUGUCCUACAGCUGGGUCUUCAGCGGCGGAUUGAGCAGUUGAAGGUGGACAUGGCUGUGCUGGAGAGAGAGGAUGACGGUGAGCUCUACGGCACUGUGACGCUGCGCAUCAUCGAACUCGAGCUGGCCGAGAUCCUCGAGCUCACCAACAAACUCAACAGGACGGCCUGCGCGCACCAGCAGCUCAGUGAGAGCACAGCCAACCAGCUGCGAGACAUGCUGGACGGCAUGCGGGAGCUGGAGGACUACGAUCAGAUGCAGGUGGUGACCCGCCAGCGGGACAACCAGCAAAUGAGGCAAGAGCUGAUCCAAUGCGAGCAGCAGUUACGCGCCACUGCGCAGCCUCCGCUCACCCCCAAAACGGGGCCCUGUCCCCUGGGGCAGCUGGUUGAUGUGUCUGGGCCUAGAACCUACACUUUGACCCAGUACGGUACCUCCUACUCUUUCGGCGCCUGGGGUAAAGACCCCAACCCUGCACCUGGGAAGGAGAACACCCACUGGUUGGUGGUUCUCACCAGUAGCAACGCUUUCUCCAACUUUGUGCGCGAAUACAGUACCCUGAGCACCAUCGUGGUGGGUGUCGCACCCACGGACACCACCAUCGCUUCAUCCAACCCCACCACUAACACCAUCCAGGGUAUCAAUGUCGUCAUGUACGGCAACGCGCUCUACUACGGCUGCUACAACACACCGGCUGUCUGCCGCUUCAACAUGACAGCACGCACCAUUUCCAACGUGGCCCUGCCCCAGAACACAGGCUUCAACAAUAAGUUCCCCUUCGGCCACCUGGAGGGAACCUACGUCUACAGUGACUUGGACUUCGCCACGGACGAGUCUGGCGUCUGGGUUGUCUACACGUCGCCGGAGAACUUCGGCAACGUGAUCAUCAGUGAGGUGCUGGAGGGAAGCCCUCCGGCUCUGGGACGAACGUGGAACACCUCUCUCCACAAGCGCAUGGUCACGAACACCUUCAUCGCAUGCGGGGUGCUCUACGCCACGCGUUUUGUCAACAAAGAGACAGAGCAGAUCUUCUACUCGUUCGACACACAGAGCGGCGUGGAGCGCUACAACCUGAAGAUCUUCUUUAAGAAGAUGCUGACAAACAUCCAGUCGCUCAAUUAUAACCCGCGCGACCGAAUGCUGUACGCGUUCAGCGACGCCUACAUCCUCUCGUAUGGCACGGUUUUUCAGUGAAACCUCACGAGCUGACAAUGAGUGAGUAAAGCUAAAGCUGGAGUAGGUCGUUUAUUUUAGAAGCACUUUUUGAGUCCUUGACACGGCUCUGUGCAAACAGCGAGUGAGCUAGUAGCCCAAGAAUGGUGGAGAAACUACAAUACAAAAUUCAUGUUUGUCAGUGUGUCACUGAUGGUCACAGAAAUCUCCAGGUAGUUAGAUAGCUAGGCACCAGUCGUGCAGUGCGCGCGACCCCUCCAGCUGUAGUCAUGCAGCAUGUGUUCGUGUUUGGGGGGUGUGCCUUUGGAAGUUUUCAGAUUGGAUUUUUUCAAAAUCCAAUUUAUACUCGCUGGUUUCUACAAAGCGACCUACUCCAGUUCUGCUUUUAAUCGCUUUUUUUUGCAGACAAGCUGCGAUAUAUGUUCUUUUUAAUGUCACGUCACUGAAACAACGGUUUUUCCCACAAUCCUCUGAGCCUUUCCACCCCACCACUGGUUCUAGUCUGGCCCUAGUUUGUCCACUCCACACAUCAUAACAGGAACUCUGACCUCACGUCAUUACUUCACACUGUCUAGUGUGUGUGGCAGGUUUCCUGUAGGAGUGUGUAUCUAUCACUGCACUGUGGAAAUAAACCCCACUAACAGGUAUUUUGUGAUGGCUGCUUUAUCCGAUUAUGCACACACCUUAAAAAGAGUCAAGAAAACCAGAUGCCUUAUUUAUCUAAGUUUUUUAUUGUAGUUACAUGUUCAGUACACAUACUGUGAUGGCUUCUAUAUAUAGAUUUACAUUUUACAUGAACACCAAUUUAAAAUCAUGACAAAACAGGAAAUCCUAUCUCUGCAGACGCUUUCAAGCUGUAAGGGAAGGACCCCUAGAAAGUCUACCAAAACGCAAGAACUUAUUGCUUAAUACAAAAUAAUAAUAAUAAUAAUAAUAAUAAUAAUAAUAAUAAUAAUAAUAAUAAUAAAAGAAGUAGUAGUAGGAGUAGUACUAUCAAUAAGUUUCAUUAAAUCCUCACAGGAAUUAAUACCAUGGUGGUAAAUUUAGAGCUAUAUCCAUAUUUUAAAAACAGGAAGUUAAGAUGGGUGUUUGGAAAGGGAGUGUGAACCGGUAGUGCAUACUUUCACAUCACAAGGCUAGUGGUGGCAGAGAGCUUCUGUGUUGUGUUUUUUUGGUUUUUUUGGGGGGCGGGGGGUAUUAUUAUCUUGAAAAACGGCAGGAUGGAUGGCAGGAGAGAGGAGGUGAUGCUAAAGUUGAGAAAGACGAGACAGAGGGAGCACAGAGUUGUGGUGGUGGAGACAGGGCCACACAGAAACUCUACAGGGGACAGACAGAGCCACAUUAACACUAAAGCAGGACAGAACUGCGUUAACACUACCACAUGGGACUGGAACAGAGCCACAUUAACACUCUAAAGCAGGGGACAGACAGAACUAAGUUAAUACUCUACUGCAGGGGACUGGGACAGAGCCACACUGAUCCUCUACAGCAGGGCUAUAUUCACACUCCGAGCACCCCACUGACCCAACACACUGGAGUGGGGAACAGCAGGACAGACGCAGGAGCCACUCAGAUCCACUGAAGGGUAUGGCCACCUGAGCCCGCAUCUGUUGCCAGAUCCAGCAUCAGCUCUUUUUGGUUAAUUUAUCAGAACAUCAGUGACAAACCCCGAUCCCGGGUCAGCUGUGUGGCACACUCAGGGCUCAGGUUUGAUACGGAGAACAGGACGGUCACCGGCAUGCUUUUGAUCAUAUACAGGCAGAUGUGACACGGUAGACACACACAGAAAUAUUAACACACAACUCCAGGCUUGUGAGCUCAUAUCCUACUGCAUACAAGAAAAUGCAGGGCUAGUCCCAGAUCAGUCUCACAGAGGGAGGAUGCGAGGACGUUCACUCAUCUCACCAGCCAUCUUCAUCCUUCCUUGGUUGUGGGGUUGUUGUUUUUUGGCCACUUACGUUUCUUGCUUCUAACAGGACACAGAAAAGCACCUUCCAUGGAGCCUAACUUUCUCCCUCUCUCUCUCUUGCUCUCUCUCUCUCCUUAUACCUCAUGCUUGUUUCUGUUUGAACAGCGUUCACAAACAGUACCAUCCCAUGCCCAGUAUUGCAUCACAUAAGUUGGCUCCACUGUUAAGGGUGUGUGUGUGGGGGGGGGGGGAGCUGGGUGAAGGUCAGGGUGGAAUAGCCCUUUGGGACGACCGCAUGUGUCUGAGAGACCAGGCCACACGUUUUUAGAGGAUGGGAGUUUCGGGGGCGGAGUUUGCCAUACAUUCCGAGCUUGGAGCUGCAUGCUCCAGUAAUCCCUGCCCCAUACAGACACACCCACACAGGAAACACCGCUGCAGUAUUAAUUACAUCACUCAUCUCCUCCAAAAAGAGGAAACUGUGAGAAAUUGACAUUCAGCAAGAAGGAAGAGAGGUCAUUUCGCAAUGAGACAGGGGUGGGAGGGGGCGUGAUGGUCACUCACACCUCUCUCAUCCUAAAUGUAAACUGACAGCAGCUCUAGCCAAUCAGUUCACAGCUCAAGUGCUUAGGACCACCUAUCAAUGCAGCUCGCUGACUCAUUGGCCUGUCUCAUUGGUUAAGGCAGAGGGGAGGAGCCUGUGGAGGGUCUUGUGAUGUGGUAUUUUUGUGUAGCAUGCUGGUGGUUAAAGUGGUCAGAAAACUCCAUCCUCCACCAAUAAGAACAUUGGAAAA